GGGAAAGAGUGCCCUUUUUGCUUUCCUCUUCCGGCCAUCUUGCUCUCCAGAUUCUACCUAGGGUCUCGGAUGACCAAAUGCGGGGGCAAGAAAGGAGAUGGGGGUGCCCUGGGCCUCGCGCGCUUGCUCCGGGGACCCGCAGUGAAGGCGCAAGGGAGGGCCCCCCUGAGUUCAGCUUCCAGGGGUUGGGCCCAGAACAAGGGUGAAUCGCCCUAACAGGCCAGAGGCGCGGGAAACAGACAGGAGGAAUCCAGGCCAGAGCAGAGCCGGCUUUUCGUUUCCAAGCCCCUGUAUUCUGGUCAUCCUCCACGACCCACGUGUCGCUUGGCACGGCUGGUCCCUAACGCUUGCCUGUUCGUGCUUGUCCUGCGUUAGGUGCUGGGUACAGAUCGGCGAGCCAGAGAGCCCGGCCCUUGUUCCCGUUGAUCCCGCAGCCCCGUGGAUGGAGCCCGCAGUCCCUGAACCUGCCAGGAAAGAAAAACACUUUCCCGACGCAUGGUCCAAGCAAGGACUCUGCAGUGGCCUGAGGAAUGUCUGGCUCUUCCUCAGCUCAAUGAUCUGUGUGGUGACCCCAAGAAUCAGAGGCCUGAGGUCUACAAGUUGCUGCUAAAACUAUUUAGCCUUUCUUUUUUUUUUUUCUUUUAAAUGCAACUUCCACACGAGUUUGUAAGGUCCGGGGGCGCACAUUGAGUCCGCGCGGGCCGGCGCGCCCUUCUCUCCGGGUCCGGGUCCCGGAUUGCUGCCAUAGCAACGGCCUAGACGCCCAGCCCUGGAGCUGCCGCCGCCCGUUGGGGACCCCUCUGCUCCUUCUUCUUCGCGGGGGUAAGGCGGCAGCGGCUGGGCCUGCCUGGAAGAGAAGACCGCCCCCUGCACAAUUCCUGCGGAGGCGGUGGCUUUGCUUCCAAAUAUGCCCUUCCAGAAGCAUGUCUACUACCCGCUGGCCAGCCUCGAGGGCCCAGAUGUGCCUGCCGCUGCUGCGGGUGCCGCCUCUCUGGCCAGUGCCACUUCGACCCCGCUGCCCUGUUUCCAGUUUCGCCCACGGCUGGAGAGCGUGGACUGGCGACGGCUGAGUGCCAUCGACGUGGACAAGGUGGCCGGCGCCGUGGACGUGCUGACCCUGCAGGAGAAUAUCAUGAACAUCACCUUCUGCAAGCUGGAGGAUGAGAAAUGUCCGCACUGCCAUUGCGGCGUGGACCCGGUGCUGCUGAAGCUCAUCCGCCUGGCACAGCUCACCAUCGAGUACCUGAUGCACUCGCAGGAAUUCCUCACUGCCCAGCUCCGCCAGCUGGAGGAGCGGCUGCGCCUGAGCAUGGCCGACUGCGAGCAAAGCAAGCAGCUGCUGUCCAAGCAGGCCGGGGACAUCAAGUCCCUCAAGGAAGAAUGCAAACGGAGGAAAAAGAUGAUCUCCACCCAGCAGAUGAUGAUCGAGGCCAAAACCAGCUAUUACCAGUGCCAUUUCUGUGACAAGGCCUUUAUGAACCAAGCUUUUCUACAGAGCCAUAUUCAGCGCCGCCAUCCUGAAGAUUCUCACCUUGGGUAUAAGAAAAGGGAGCAGACAGACAGGCUCCAGAACGAGGUGGACAUGCUGAAGGAGCAGCUGGAGCUCACCAGGACUCAAUUGGAAGCUUCUCAGCAUGCCCAUGCAGUGAGGUUCUCCAAGGAAUACGAACUACAAAAAGCAAAAGAUCAAGAAUUUUUGAAGUUAUUUGAUCAAUGGAAAGAAGAAGAAAAGCAGAAGCUAGUGGGUGAAAUGGAAAAAGUCAAGGAAAUGUUUAUGAAGGAAUUUAAAGAAUUAACAUCCAAAAAUUCAGCAUUAGAAUACCAAUUGUCAGAAAUCCAGAAGUCCAACAUGCAGAUAAAGUCCAACAUUGGCACAUUAAAGGAUGUCCAGGAAUUUAAAGAGGAGCAUCCCCCGCACCCUCAGGACUUCCAGAAUGUCAUGCAGCUUCUAGAUAGUCAGGAAAGCAAGUGGACGGCCUGGGUUCAAGCUCUCCAUCAGGAACACAAGAAGGAGAAGGGUCAGCUCCUGUCGGAUAUAGAGAAGCUGCGGAGCUCCAUGAUAGACAACCUCAAUGCCAGCAAUGUUUUCUACAAGAAGAGGAUUGAAGAACUGGGGCAACGGCUGCAGGAGCAGAACAAGCUGAUUGUCACACAGCGGCAUCAGAUUAAAGAGUUUUCCAGUAAACCAUUGAACAGUGGCAGUGAAUUCAAAGGGACUUCCUUAAGCUGGCAGCCUUUUGAAUCGAAGCCAACUGCAUCAGCUAUCCCUAUGACUGCCCCAGCCCCACAGACUCUGGACGUUAAGCCCAAUCUGACAGUGGCACAUGAGCAGACAUUCUCUUCGCACAUUCUGGAGCCAAUAGAAGAACUUUCAGAAGAAGAAAAAGGGGCCACAUGUGGCCGUGCUCAGAGGCCAGCAGGGCCCCAUCCAGUCCUGCUUGGGGGCCAAGUGGUGCUGAGGAUCGAACCCAGGGCAUCACGCCUGCAAGGCAUGGAAAGUGAACAGAAAUUAAGUCACAAUAAGAUACAUUUAAGGAAAACUCUGAAGAGCAACCCCACCCUCAUCAAAGAAAUAAGAACAGUAUUGGAGCAAAGCUUGGUGGAGAAGCUGGAAACCUUGGGAAUUAAUGCUGGCACACGCAGCAUUUCAACUGAUCACUUGAACAGAGUGAUGAAGGCUGUGGAAACAGCAAGAUUUGAGCGAGAAAGACAAAUCCCCAACAUGCAGCAAGUUCGAGAAUACCUGAAACAUCAGGUCAGCUGUAAAAUUGAGGAGCGAACCUCCCUGUCUUCCGAAAGGCAAUGGGAACUCCUGGGCGACACAACUCUCCAUGGGACUGAGAAGCACAGUGUUUCCCAGAUGGAGAAACAGGAGACCCUGUCCACAGGAGAAAUCCCCAAGGCAGCACAACUGGCCACCAAGAACAGACCGCUGAUCAGACAGAGACCUGUGUUCAGUGAUCGGACAGCUGUUCCAAAAGUUCCUAAGAAGAUGAGCACAGAAGAUCUUAUUCCCAGAAAGUCUUCCACCUUGACGACACCUCCCUUCAGCUCCGAGGAGGACCUGGACGGUGACGAUGACUUGAUCCAGGCUUAUGUGUCCCCAGUGGCGGUGGCGGUACAGCCUGCCAAUGCCCCCAGCGUCCACUUUGGAAAGAACGGGGCGAAGAGUGACACAGACUGGACUGAGGGGAGUGAAGUUGAGGACUUGGAUAUUUCCCCUAAGCCCACAGCAACCUCCAUUAAAAUACAAACUGAAAGCAUCGAAAAGAUACCAUCAAAUCACAGAAAUUUGAACAAGCCGGUUAACGGAAUUGGCAUUGCUGAGAUGUUUAUCAGGAAAGAACUCAAGGAAGACCUCAAGUGUGCAGAUGUGGAGGAAGACGACUGGGAUAUAUCGUCCCUGGAAGAAGACAAAUCGUUGGGUCAGAGAACUGGGCAUGAACAUGGAGAACUUCGUCUUAUUAAGAAUGACUCAAAUCCCUGCCAAGUGCCAAGUGCCUGGGGCCCCCCAAAUCCCAAAGGAGCCAAGGAAGAAGGACUUCUGGGGGAAUCAAAGAGCAGCUUAGUAACUGUGACUGAUUGGAGUGAUUCCUCAGAUGUAUAAGUUUGAGCUAAUCUGCUCACAGAUCCUUGCCACUCAUGCCAGAGGUAUUCCAGCACCACAGGGCACCGUAGGGCUGUGCUUGUGGCCCCACGAUCCCAAAGCACCUGCCUUACAGAUGUCACCACAAUCACAAGGAAGCCAGUGCAAAGAACAAGAGUUUCUUUAAUGAUACUUCAUAAUACAGUAUUGAAAAAAACAAAAUGGCUGACAGUAUUUUGAAGCAUAUAAAGGUGUUUACAACUUGAGCUGCUUAAAAAAAAUACCGUGUCACUGAUAAAAAAAAAAAAAGUCUUUCCUUCAGAAUGGUACUCUUAGUGUUUAAGUGUACUUUUUUCAACUAAUUUUAAAUGAACUUUUUUUUUAAGUACAAGUGUUUCUUUUUUUAUUUUUUCAUUUGUCCCACCCCAUCUUAGGCACAUUGUCCCUAAGGUGACAUUUUUAUUCUAUAAAAUUCCAUUCAUCUCUUUAAAAGCGAACUCAUGAAGUAAAUGAAAUCUUAAAAGUAGGCUGGUUAUUUGUCAUAUAGAAGUAAGUUUAGGAUUAUAACAUUAUAGCAAGGCCCAUUUUGCAUUUUUCAGAACCCUUUUUUUUUUUGCCACUUGCAAUUUUGAGCAUUGUAAGCAUGUUAUUAUUAAACAGUUAUUUUAAAACUUGGAAUACGAUUUUGGCAACAUCAUCUCUACCUUGCAUAGUUCAUGAAAUGUAGCUAUUUUAACUGUAUGAGUAGAAAAAACAAUGGGACCAUCACCAAAUUUUUAGGUGGAUCUGAAUGUUUUUAAAUUUUUUAAAAUGUCCGACCAGAUUAUAAAAUACCUCAAAAUUAUGGUGUUCUGUUCUUAAAAAUGGCAUUGUUGAGGGCCAAUAAUGUCAUCUAAACUGGGGUGGGUAUUUGCAUUUUAAAAGACUUUGUCCUACUCUCUACUCUGUUUUCCUUCAAAAGUACCAUUUUUAUGAAAUGGUUGCUUGGGUUUGAGUUCUGUCUUCAUGUCAACUUUUCAAGUAAACAUCAUGAUAAACAUA